AUGGCUAGGCCGUGGAAAUUCACCUCGGCGCUGCUGCGGCCGUUCAGCCAGCAUGCAGGCUGGGCCGGGCUGAGAGCUGAGUCAGCAGAAGUAACACGGAGCCAGAGGAUGGAGCGAGACAGAAAAGACGCCUUUAUCUUCUGCGUGGCUGGAGCAUCUCUCCUCUCGUCUUUGCCUGGAUCACUGCCCCUGCCUCCCUAUGAGUCCUGCACGCCAACCUACAGGCCCUUCCUGGGCUCCCUGCUCAGCGCCUCCGGCUUCAUGACACAGCUGCCUCCCGAGCCUCUCUCCGCCCCGAGCCUGCUCUGUGACUUCAGCGAGCUGGGCGACCUCUCUGAGUCCAGGUUUUCCCAGCCAGCUCUGGCUCAGCAGACCAGCUCCCCGGGGCCGUGGCUGGCCCACGCGGAAAGAUGCUGGCCGAGAACCGAGGACCGCGGCGGCAGAAAGGCGCGGAGCGCAGCGCCACCUGCUGCCGACAGCCGAGGCGGCCGUGGGGCGAGCCCGGGGCGGAAGCCGGGGCGGAGAGCGAGCCGGGAGCGCGGCCCUCCUCGCCGCUCGCUGCAGGUGCGGCGCUGGCCCCGCAAGCUGCACGCUGAGAAGUUUGGCCGGAACUCGCGCCAGGCGGACGCGAGAGCUGGUUGCCGACGCGGCUCCCCGCAGCCGACCCCGCUCGGGGGAGGCCCCCGCCCUCUUUGUGGCGGCGACGCCGCCUCACUGACAGACCAGGCCUCUGGCGCGGGUCUCCCCAGGAGGAGCGCCGGGGCCACCUCCCCGGGGCCCGCCUCACCCGCGCGUGUGGGAGGCCGAGUGCCCCGAACCACCGUGAAGUCACGGACUGGGGCCGCGUACGCGGCGGUUUUGCAUGCCGGCCGCUCCCCUGCCCUCCCCGGGCCACGGCGGCAAAAGCCGGGCUUACGGACGGCGGCGCCGCGGGAAGGAACCCACGCCGGGCCAGGAUGCGCGGGGAGCCACCGACAAACACGUGCCCAGCACCAGAGAAGGGGCGAGGAGCGGGAGGGAGGGAGGAAAGAGAAGAGUCGGCUUGCCGGCAGCGGGCCGUGCCGGGCCUCGGCUGCUUCUCCAGUCAGGGGCCUGCAGACUGCUGGCCGGGCGAAAGAGCGCGGCGGGGCUCCCAGGGCCCCGGGCUCGGGCUCCUUCCUGCUGCCGGAAGACAGCUCCAACCUGACCCACUUCCACCGCCCCCUGCUCAGCCCCGGCACCUCGCCUGCCACGUCCUGCGUGGCGGCAGCCCUGGGCGCUGUUUGUCUGACUUUGUCUGACUCACUUUGUCACUGA